GCGAAUUCUAUAAGUGUUUCGUGCCAUGGGAGAUGGACUCCACCUACUGCUGGCAGUGUCAGCAGAUCGGUGUUCCACCGCACACUUUGCUGCUGAGACACUUCUCAGACUUCGAGCGCAAGGCUGGUGGCCGCAACGGCCGCGAUGGCCGCGACAGCCACGAGGGCCGCGAGCCCAUCCUGGUUCUGGGUGGGAGGACGGAUCGGACGGCAGACGUCGACCCACCGAUCCGCGACGCUGAUCUGGUGGCGGCUUCACUGGUGAUUCGUUCCUUGUCCAGAACCUCAACGCUGCCAUCAGUGCGAUUAGAUCUCUGUGGGGAGCUCAUCACAUGUGAAGGUGCCAGGACCAUUGCAGCAGUGCUCCAGGUGAGUGAUCGCACUCUACGAUCUCUGCUGCUUCGGCGAACGCAUGUGGGAGACAAUGGUGCUGCAGCCCUGGGAGCAGUUCUCAGCAGCAUGUUAUUGGAACUGGACCUUGGAGAAUGUGCCAUCACAGAUGCUGGUUUGCGAUAUUUGGUUCGAGGGUCACAGCUUCAUGGAGCUCCUUCCUGUUUGUCCGUCCUCUUGUUGGAUGGAAAUGCUACAGGCGAUGCUGGAACCAUUGAAGUGAUUUCCUUUGUGGAGGGAAACGGCUCACUCUCUUGCCUCUCUGUGCAACCAGCUCUGCCACGCUUCCUCUCACAAGAAGUAGAAGCUGCUCUGCAGGUGGCUUGCGAGCUAAGUGGUGUCAUGUUGGAACGCAAGGGUCGCAGCUGGUCCCUGGAGACUCUGGCCUCCAAAUGUCAACCCCAUCCAGUCGAUGCAGAGGUGACAGCUGUGACAGCUCUGCCCCGCUCCCUGGCUUCGCCCGCAGCGGCUCCGCCGGAGCGUGCGGACCGCGGACGAAAGCAGAUGCCGGUGCCAGAUGUGCGUCAUAGUGGCCACUUGGCAUCUUGGAUGGCGGGAACCGAGCGGGAACUGCGAGAACUGAAAUGGCUACUGAGCUCCAGCUCUGCACGACUAGAUGGACAACACAGGAAGUUGAUGUCCGAGCUCGAAAAGCUCCGGUUCCAACUGGAUGCUUGGAGCAGUGGUGGAUCAGAGCCUGACGAGGGUCGCCUAGAUGUCUUGGAGGCGCGUUUCGAUGCUUUGGAGCAGCUAGUCGGACGGGAACAGUCAGAAUGUGCCCAGAUGUGGCAAUUGGUGGAGGUGGCUGCUGGGAGCGCCAGGGCCAGAAGUGCCAGCCCUCGUUAAGCGGGAUUCCAAGUGUCAUGGGGUGCUCAGGUGCGUUCUGGUAUCUCUGGUCAGGUUCCAGCAUGACCAUAUUCCCGUAAAG